AUGACCAAGCCUUGCCCCAAAGCUGUCCGAGCACUAGGGCACUAUCUACACAUUACUCCGCGCUUCUUCAACUUCCCUUAUGUGCCUACCAGCACGGGGAAUCAUGUUGCUGACUAUGCGUUUUUCCAUCUCCAGUUCAUGGACAUGUAUCCUCCCAAAAUCAAACCUAGCGAAGCUACGAGAAACCAAAACUCGCCCCAUGCGCAAUUCAACCUUGGCCAAGGGCUGACAAAACACACGUGGCAUAUCACAAAAGUAGAUCUUAUCUACUGGAAUGAGAAAGUAGAAGCUACGGGGAGUAACCGCGGUAUGGGGUUGAUCAGUCUCGAUCCAGUCGAUGAUAUUAUAUACAAAGGACUAUGUAAGCUGAUGACGAGAAAAGAGACAAUACCUCCAGGAAAGUGGGAGGAAGAGUUUGGUUUGGGUCAGGUCUUAUCUGAGAUGUUCCAUAUCAUCUCAGUGAACUGGAACACUUUCCUGGACGAAGCCGAACAACACCUGCAACACAUUCAAAAGUCUUACUCGCUCGCCCUUCAUCAGCUUUCUCCUCUAUGGUCCGAGGUGCGCCGGCGCAUAGUUUCUGCCAAAGACACUGCCAAGCAAAUGAUGUCCCACCCAUUCUUCACAGCUGUGGGGGGUGCAGAGUCAAUCUCGAGUUAUCUCAAAAAGAUCAUUCUUACCUUGAAUGACUAUGAGACACGUACCCACGAGCUCGAUACGAACACCAACAUAUUGAUCAACCUAAUAUUCAACUUAGCUACUUUCAACGAUACGGCCGCAGCAAUACAAGAAAGCAAAGCCGCCAACUAUCUUGCUGCAAGCAUUCGUCGGGUCGCUAUGCUUACAUUCUUCUACCUGCCUCUGCAAAUUGCUGCGAGCAUCUAUGGCAUGAAUAUCAAUGAAAUAACAGGCGGGGAUGGAGAUCAUCAUAUCUGGGAGUACGUUAUCCUGUCGCUGGUUCUUAUGGGCCUGACAUUUCUCUUCUGGUAUGCUUGGAAGGCGGUGCCUAUGCUCUUCACGCUUCGCCUGUUAUCUCGGCGCCAGUCUUUUCCAACUGGCUUAUCUCCGGUAUAG